CGUCAGUGGCGGGUAAAGGGGGGUGCAGUGGCCCUAGCCCCCGGCUCCUAACCUCUCGGGGCGCCAGCCAUCUUGUUUCCCCGGCCACCACCCCCCACCGCCUCUGGAUGUAGACCACCCAGCCUCCCCUCCUAAUCUCCCUUUCUCUCCAGGAAUUUAGGGAUCCAGGAUGCCCUGAGUCUGGGAGGGGAGGGUUGGACACCAGACACCGAGAGGCAGAGUAGUGAAGGCCAGCAGGUCACCGAUGGGGGACACCAACUUUCCCCAGCAGGUCACCUGGGCUGAGUCUGUGGGGUUGGGAUGCUGUAGGCACAUCCUUCACUGACCGGCUCCGAGGUGGACUCCUGGGACGCUCCCAUCUGGAUCGAAGAGUUUCCUGCCUGGUCUUCAAACUGCUUGUCGCUCCUUUGAUUCUCUGAGAGCCUGGCGGAGAGUAGACAGAGCAGGGGGGAGCCCAGAAAGACGGAGUUCCCAUAUCCAGGCGGGGCUGGACUGGUGACAAAGACAACUAUCCCAGAUUCCGUCAGGAGUUAGUUGGCCUGAAAGAAGAAAGUCAUGGAGUCCCUUGAAGAAAUAUCAGAGGAAGAGCCUCCCAAAGGACCCAGAACUUCCUCCUUCCUGUCCGGGAAGCUCACAGCCAAGGAGAUUCUGGCCACCAAGACCCAAAACUACUUUGCUGAGACUAAAAGAACUGAGGAUAUCUUAAUGCAGGUUGCUUUCUCCAUUGGGCUGGGUAGCAUAUGGCGUUUCCCUUACCUGUGUCAGCGGAACGGAGGAGGCAGCUUUAUCCUGAUGUACUUCUUCAUGCUCCUCUCGUUUGGGAUUCCCCUCCUGUACAUGGAGAUGAUCAUGGGGCAUUGGCUGCGUGUGGACAACAUCCGGGUCUGGAAGCAGCUCGUCCCCUGGCUGGGCGGCAUAGGAUACGCUAGCAUAUUGGUGUGCAUCUUAGUGAGCUUGUAUAAUAGCGUCAUCAUCACUUGGAGCCUCUCCUACCUGGCCAACUCCUUUGAUAACUCCCUGCCCUGGAACCAGUGCCCACUGGUGAAGACCACCAAUGUCACUGACCUCUCUUGCCUUCGGACUGUGUCCCACCAGUACUUCUGGUACCACACCACCCUGAGCGCCUCAGGCCACAUUGAGGAAGGGGUCGACGCCCUCGUCCUGCACCUCACACUGGGCAUCUUCGCAGCCUGGUUCCUCCUCUUCUUAACCAUGAUCACAGGGCUGAAGAUUUCAAUGCAGAUCCUGAUUUUUUCGGUAUUCCUCCUCUACAUCCUCCUCCUCUGCUUCCUCAUCCGAAGUCUCUUCUUGGAAGGUGCAGUUGCCAGCCUCAGACGUAUGGUGACCACAGAGCUCUCAUCCUGGGCCUCGCUGGACCUCUGGCGUCAGGCAGGAGGCCAUGUGGUUUAUUCCUUAGGCCUGGGCCUGGGCACCACCAUCAACUUCUCCUCCAAGGCUGGAGGCAACAGCUACAUCCAGGUGGCCUCCUUGGUGGCCCUGGUCAACCUGGUGACCUCAUUGCUGCUCACAUCCAUCAUCUUUACAGUGCUGGAGUUCUGGGCCACCACCAGCGGCCACACCUGUGUUGAGAAGAGUGUCUCAAAAUUGAUAAGCCUGAUAAAAAAGGGGGUGCUGCCUCAGGAUGCCAAGCCCCCAGAAGACAUCCUCCUCCUGCCCGCCCUGGACUACCUAGACUGGAUCAGCAAUCUCCCUCAACACCUCCAGUACCCGGUCAUCCGCUUCUCCCCAUCCUGCAGCAUCAUGACCCAGAAGGAUAAGUUCAUGGAGGGCCCUGGCCUGGCAUUCGCAGCUUUCUCCCAAGCCAUCUCGCUGUUCCCUGGCGCCUCUCUCUGGGCCAUCCUCUUCUUCUUGGCCCUGGUCAUCAUGGGGCUGAGCACCUUGAUGAGCAUCUUGGAAGGCAUUGUCUGUCCCCUCCAGACCUCCUUCUCCCUCUUCAGGAGGUAUCCCAAGCUGCUCUCAGUGCUCAUCUGCUUGGGAGGUUUUCUGGGCAGCCUCGUCUUCACCAGUCAUGCUGGCAGCUACAUAAUGUCCUUGUUUGAUGACUGCCUGGUCCCGCUCACCCUCAUCGUCAUUGUGGCCUUCCAGAAUGUGGCCCUGGCCUGGAUCUAUGGAGCCAGGAGGUUCAGGGAAGAAAUGUUCAGUAAACUGGGCCACCUGCUGUGGUCCUUCUUCACUUUCCUGUGGCGCUACGUGACCCUGCCUGGGCUGCUGGCCCUCUUCACCAUCUGCCUCACGCAGCUCCACCGGAGGGUACCGUCCUACUACAUCGCCUGGAACAGCAGUAUGAGCCAGGAAGUAAAACAGCCCUACCUGCAGAGCACCCUGAGCUGGGUCACCUUCCUCAGCAUCCUCACCUUUCUGCCAAUCCCAGUGCAGCCACUCCACCACUGGUGGCACCUCGAGGACCACAUUGCUUUUGAUCCCUUUGAAAAGCUACAGUCCAAAAAGAUGCCCUUGGUGCCCCCCAAGUCGUUACAGUACCCCAAACACCAAUUGGUGACGUCCCAGAAGACAGACACUGAAUGCUCAUCUAGAAAAGUCAACCCACCCUUGAUUAGGAGGCUGAACCUGAGCUCCUUAUGGAGGUUCAGCCUACCCUUGAGUGAGUACAACCAGAGCUCUUCCUGGUUCAGCCUGCCUGUCAUUUCAUCCCUGACGUCUGCACUGUCCAUGAGGAAUACCAGCACUCCCGUUUCAAGGCAGGUGAGCCCGGCCUCAGUAAGCAUAGACAACAGUGACAAGAGCAGGGAGACCCAGGAAGAAAAUUAGGACUCUGUUCAAUAACUGGUGACACCACCCAUUUUUCCAAAUCUGGCAUUAGCGUCCAUCUUGCUACAGAAAUAAUCGGUCCUGUCGGGAAGUAGGGAGAGGGACACAUGGAAAUUUUGCCUAGCAACCACUGACAUCACUCAGUUGGCCUUGGGAGGAAACGGACAACUCAGGAGCGCCUUCCUCUCCUGGAAUAAUACCGAUUCUGCUAAGUGGAACACUCUGAUCUGGGGUUGGAGAAUUCAGAAGAAAUCAACUCAGCCAUUCACAGGGCUGCACCUAGGGCCUCCUUUCUCCCUGUGAGGAAGGAGCAUCAUGUUGGCAUGAUGGAGAUGGGCCUCGAGGCACUUUCCGGGAUCCAGCCUUCCCAGUUAUCAUGGAGACAGACAGUGUUCUCUCCAAACCCCAAACUCCACCACCAACCUGGAACACUGGGGUAGCUAACGCCUCCAGGGCUGCUCUCUCAGAACGGGGCUGGGAUAACAAAGCUGAGUCAAUAAAUUGAUCCACUGAGACCCCGCGCA